AAACCAGCAGUGCUGCAGCUGUACAGUGUUGGUUCUUGUCUUUAAGCUGAGUUCAUUAAACUAUGGCAAACACUGACUCCCAGACAGAGCUAUUAAGAUUCGGACCUGUGGGUAAACCGACCUUGACAUACAAGGAGCAAGUGACCCCGCAUAAAAUCUCGCUGCUGAUUCUCAUCUACGAAUAUUGUGAACUCAAAAAGAAACAAAAUCAGCCCUUCAUAUUUGGACAGAGUACCCUGGUACCAGAAGAAAGAAUAUCCGAAAAUGAGAAGCGUGACUUUAUGACACUGAUACUCAAGCUCCUUCAGAGUCCUGAUUUAUCACUGAAGGAUCUACUGGACCAAACUCAGCACAUUCUAAAACCCAAGAUAUCUGAUGAAUUUAUGGACAGAUUGAAAGAGUUUUAUGAGGAAGACGUUCUUCCAUUGAUGGAUUUCUUCCAGGAGCUGCACAGGAUGUUGACGGAACCGAUCACCCCGGAGAUGCCGGUUAUCAGCAGUAGUAGUGUACUGGGCUUGUUCUUCCGUAGAAUGAUCCUCGUGUUUGAUUCUCUAUCCUUCAGUCAGGUGACCACCCUCUACAACCAGUUCAAGCGCUAUUAUGAGGAAGUGAACGCUCCUCCACAGAUAGAUGAAAGUGAAAACUUUGGGGGUUCCUUAAUGGACUCCAUCACAAAAGAAACAGAACGCCUGACAUGCAGCGCUUUAGGAAGAGAGUCCAGUCAUUUGGGACUUGGUCCGGCAAAAUCUGAAAGUGGUGGAUACUUCUCCCACAAACAAGCUGAGUAUUUCAUAUCCAGGCAAGGAUUUCUCUUACAGCACAAUGAAAAAGAGGCUCUGAGUCCCAAGGAACUGCAAACUCAAAUCUCCAACAUGUUACGGUCUAAUCCAGCCCUGGCCGAGGCUCACUUCCUCAGCUAUAUGAACAAUCUACGUGUUAAGGAGUAUUGUAAUGCUCUUCACAAUCUCUUCCAUUGCUUUGACAGAAACACAAACUUUACAGAUGACAUUAUCACAAAUAAAACAGUGGAAGAUGAUGUCAGCCGCAGAUAUGCAUCACUGAACUUGGCAGGACUUCACUUUCGAUUUGGCCACAAGGAGGAAGCUCUGGCAGCUUUGCAGGAAGCAAUACGCAUGGCUCAAGAGACAAAUGAUCACGUGUGUCUACAACAUGCUCUCAGCUGGCUCCAUCGGAUAGAGGACUCUGGGAAUGCUAGGACAGCAAGCCUGAUUGCUCGAUCUGUAGAGAAGAGUGAGGAACUAGCUCUACCCAAUAUAACGUCACUGAGUGUGCAGGCUUUAGCUAAACAUAAUGCCUUCUCCACAGCCAGACCUUCAAGUGUGAUAGAAUACAUGCUAAAAAGUGACAUUCUGAACUGUCAACACUCGCAGCCUCAUUUCAUGUGUGUUAGCUAUGCUCAGAAAGCUGCUCUGUGGCACAUGUACGGAAAGAGAGAGAGCUCUUCUAUGUGUAGUCAGUUGGUUCUAAAUUUAGACACUUCAGAGGGAGGGAUCUAUCACAAUGGUGAGUCAGUUUGUCUGGCUCUGUGUAACCUAGCCAGGAUAUUUGCUGAUGAUGGGAACUACUUGUUGGCUUUGGAAGUCAUCAACAAUGCAAAACAAAGAUUUCCACGUCAGACUCAGCACGCUCAUUUGUGGAUGACAUAUGAACAAGAGAUUUUGUUUGAUCGCUCCUUGGUGAGUCAUCGAGAUGAGCUUGCCUCCCAGGCUCUCACUGGUUUACAAGCAUUGGAUGAAGACGAGUACUCGCUGAGGUCAGGAAUAUUCAAGAGAGAGAAAGGAGAUGUUAGUGCUUCUCUAGCUACAUUGACAAAACUAAGAGAGCGAGUUCAGACAAACUCACACAAAUUCAGUCCUGAAUUUCCAUGCAGGGUGAUGCUUGCUCUAGCAGAUCUUUACAUCCAGACUGGUAACCAUAUAUCAGCCACUCCUCAGAUUUUGGAAUGCAUCACCAAAGCUAAGGAGCAUUAUCUGGACUAUAUGCAUUCUUUGGCAGCUGUAUAUUUAGCUUUUGUUCAGUUACUCAUGCAGUUACCUGAGAAAGCCCUUGAACUCCUGGAUCAGCAUAUGGUGACAAUACUUUCCCAUGGAAACUGUUUGGACCGAGCCAGAACUAUGUACUGCUACGCUCGGUGCUCAGUGGCAGCUGGCAGCAAACUCAAUGAAACAGACAGAAAAUCCUCUUUAUUAUCGGCAGUCAAUUUGAUGAUCAAUGUUAUAGAAUUGUUUAAGAAACUUGAGGCUCAUAUGAGAGUGAAGGAUGCAGUUUACUAUUUGGCAAGACUCUACCAUGAUUUGGGAUACACAUCAGAGCGGAAUAAAUGUGCAUACGAGUUUAACCAGCUGGACUCGCAGUAUCCUACACAUAGUCAGGUGUCCGUCCUGCGACUAUGAUAUCAUGAUAAUUAUGUUGAUUUUUUUUGUUACUGUUGAAGACUAUGAUGAUAAAUUUAUUUUGUUGAUGUUAACAUGACUAUUAAAUUAUUAAAUUAAA